UUCGUUUGUCAAGUCAGUCAGCUCUCAAAUGUAGUGACAUUCGCACUGUUUAUAUUUUUUUAUUAUUUCGCGCGCAUAAAAUAACGCGAGUGUUUUUUUUUUUUUAUUCGAAGGUACAUAUUUCGGCAAAAUGGCGGCGAAAGAAAAACAGCCAGUGGAUAACUUCAAUUCAACAUCAAACCUGACGACCAAUACCGGUUUUCAAUCCACUUUGAGCAUAGAUUCAAAGGAUAUAGUAACCAAUGAAAAGGCGUACAACCCUUUUGAACACAGACAAGUGGAACAUCCAAAUUCAACAAUUGGAUCAACUCUACAUCUUCUAAAGGCUUGUUUGGGUUCAGGAAUUCUAGCUAUGCCAUCGGCUUUUAAAAAUGCCGGUCUCGCUACUGGUGUUCUGGGAACAUUGAUUGCUGGUCUGAUUUGCACACACGCAGUUCAAAUGGUAGUUAAAACUUCUCAAGAAGUUUGCGUCGUAGCAAAAAAGCCGUCAAUGAGUUUCGCUGAAACUUGCGGUGCUGCCUUUACUUACGGACCCAAGAAAUUGCAGCGCUGGGGAGGAUUUGUAAAGACAUUAAUAGACUAUUCCAUGGCAGCAACAUAUAUAAGCGUUCUGUGUGUGUACGUAGUCUUCAUAGGAUCAUCUAUAAAGGAGGUCAUGGAUGUAUAUUAUCCGCAGUAUGAUAUAUCUAUACGGAUGUAUUGUAUUCUGACGUUGGUACCACUGAUACUGAUAUGUCAGAUCAGAAACCUUAAGUACUUGGUACCCUUUUCAGCAAUGGCAAACUUUCUUAUCGUGGUCGUAUUUGCAGUAACGAUGUACUAUGUGUUUGUUGAUUUGCCACCUUUAAGCGAACGAGAGAUGGUUGCUAAUGUUUCACAAUGGCCGCUUUUCUUGAGCACAGUGAUAUUUGCAAUGGAAGGUAUUGGUGUAGUUAUGCCAGUCGAAAAUGAGAUGGCAAAACCUCAACAUUUCUUGGGCUGUCCCGGCGUGCUAAACGUUUCAAUGGUUAUUGUAAUUACGCUGUAUGGAGUUGUUGGCUUCUUCGGAUAUGUGCAAUUUGGUGAUGCUGUCAAAGGUAGCAUUACGCUGAACUUGCCUGAAGAUCAAUGGGUAGCCCAAAGCGCUAAACUCUUAAUGGCGGUGGUCAUGUAUUUUUCCUUUGCUCUACAAUUCUACGUACCCAUGGAAAUGAUAACACGGGUUUUGCUAAAAAAAUCCAAGUUCGAAAAUAUUUUGCAAAUAAGUAUAAGAACAAUCAUUGUAACAAUAUCUGUUGCAUGUGCUGUAGCUUUUCCCAAUUUGGAACUGGUCAUCAGUUUGGUUGGCGCCAUAUUUUUCUCUACCCUGGGUCUUCUGAUUCCCGCUACAAUAAACACAGUUUACCUAUGGGAUAGAGAUAUGGGAAAAUUCAACUAUGUUCUCAUAAAAAAUAGCAUCAUCAUCAUUAUAUCUCUUAUAGCUCUCGUAUCCGGCUCAUACAUUUCAAUCAUCGGUAUGAUUGAAGAUUUAUCAACCAGCACUCAUGAUAAUUCAACGUUAACAUAUUAAGUUUCUAGCUGUUGUUCAAAUUUGUAUCAAAUGUAUUGAAGUAAUAUAACUUAAACCAGUAGAUAUUAUAGAGUUAUUUAAUAACUUGAGCUGUUGAAUUAAUUUAUUCUAUUAAUAUUAUUAAGUAUUUAUUUUAAAUAUAAAAUGUACAGUAUUUUUAAGCUUAGAUUUAAAUAA